AUGUUUCGGGACAUCUAUAGGGAAGCAUUGAAGAUAGACGCACCAGAGAACCCACCAAUGGAUGAUAGAGAAGAACGAAUAUUCCCAAACGAUCGAGAAAUAGAUAGUAUUCUUCCCGAGUGUUAUAAAACAGCCAUAAGAGGCACAAAAGAGGAGAAGAUAGAGAAGUUUUCGGAAGGAACACUGUUUUACGUGUUUUUUAACCAUUGUGGCGAGAAGGUCCAAAAUGAAGCCUAUAGUCGGUUGUUACAACUCGGAUGGAUGUUUAGUCGGCAAAUGAAGACCUUUGUUCAAAUUGUAAAGAGACCUACCAAUGCCCCCGGACUGAUUCUGUACUUCGACUACUGUACAUGGAAAAAGGUCACAAAAGAGAUAGUAAUAGAUCAAGAGUUCUUAAGUACUCUAGAAGUCUCCAAGAAUGUAAUAGGCUAG